GAUAAUCCAGUAUAUAUACGGUAGAGUUUUGUCUAAGUUUAAUGUUGGUUUCGAAAGAUGUUGGUGCUUCUAUAUAAAAUGGACGAUUAUAGGCAUUAUUAUUAUACGGUUGUGAUCGCUGUUAUAUUUUGUAUUGGUUUGGCCGACGGUGCAAACCAUACAUGCAAUUUUCCACUGACUAAUGAAACACUCAAUGGUGUUUGCACUUGGAGCAGAUGGUUGCCAUGGAAUUGUUCGCUGUGCACACCGUGUGAAAGCCAACCGGUUGCAUUUCGUAAACGUGGGAUUUGUUGCAACGAGAGUUAUCCGAUAUUGAGCGAUUGUCUGAGACAGUGCGGCUUUAACUCAACGUCUGACACGGAACACGGAGUCUGCAGUAAUUGUUGGACAAGUGGCGAUGCGUCUUGCAGUUUGUCGGCGUUUGGUUACCAAAGUACUUCAUUACUUUCAUCCAUUGAGUCAACGAGCUUUAUAGUACAGCCAACGUUAAGUUAUGCAUCUUCUUAUGCGACUUCGUACAACACGGCUUCCUUAGCAGUCACGCCAUCGUUAACAUUGGGUGCGACAGUGGCUUCAACAUUCACAGAGGUUCCGUUGCCUGCAUCAAUCAAGACAAUUUUACCAUCUUCGUCUUCUGUUCUUGGCAUUAUGACGACAUCAACAAAUGCUACGGUUACAAACUACAGCCAACUAGGGUUUAGCAACAAUGGCGAGAACAAAAAGAAAGCUGGGAUGAUUGCAGGGUCCAUAAUGGGUGGUGUAUUUGUUAUUGCCAUUCUGGUGCUUGUGAUAAUGCUUCUAAAGAGAAAACUGAAGAGAGCCGUUGCCGUGGAUAGCGCGAGGACUUUCGGCAACGAGUAGUCACGGGGAUAAUUGCAUAGACUGUGGAUUGAUAGCGUGCUUUUUGUUAAGUAAACUUAUUAGAUUGUUUAAAGGAUGCUUUAUCAUUUUAUUGUACAAUAUUUAAGCGGUCAAAUUUCUAAACAAGCUAUGUUGCCAUUAAUCGUUUAACUAUUUGUGUGUCGAUCCAUCGUUCCGUU